AUGACUGACAUUGAACCUGUUCUGCAGGAAAGGUUUAGUGCCCCAGGUGCCACUCUCUGCCGUCAGUCCCAGUAUGGUGCCAGUCUUCAUCAGGCCUUCAGAAGUCCACCUCCCAACAGGCCUCCGGUUACGCCGCUGGUCAGCCCACCAGUUAGGACACUUGUUACGCCUCCAGUUACGCCAUUGGUCAAACCACCAGUUAGGCCACCCCCUGUGAGUCCACCAGUUAAGCCACCGACAAGGCUAUUACCAGUUAGGCUACUGGUUAGACCACCGGUACCUGUAAGACCACCAGUUAGGCCACUCCCUGUGAGGCCGCCGACUAGGCCGUUACCAGUGAGGCUACUCGUUAGGCCACCGGUCCCUGUUAGGAUACAAGUUGCAUCACCGGUUAGGCAACCAGUUACGCCAGUAAGCAAGCCACCGGUUACUCCUCCAGUCCCCGUUAGGCCACUAGUUAGACCGCUAGUGAGGCCACUAGUUAAGCCACCAGCUCCUGUCAGGCCACUAGUUAAGCCACCAGCUCCUGUCAGACCACUAGUUAAUCCCCCAGUUCCCGAUAGAACACAAUUUGGAUCACCGCUUAAGCAACCGGUUACCCCACUGGUUAGACCACCAGUUACGCCGCUAGUGAGGCCACUAGUUAAGCCACCAGCUCCUGUCAGGCCACUAGUUAAGCCACCAGCUCCUGUCAGGCCACUAGUUAAGCCCCCAGUUCCCGAUAGAACACAAUUUGGAUCACCGCUUAAGCAACCGGUUACCCCACUGGUUAGACCACCAGUUACGCCGCUAGUGAGGCCACUAGUUAAGCCACCAGCUCCUGUCAGGCCACUAGUUAAGCCACCAGCUCCUGUCAGACCACUAGUUAAGCCCCCAGUUCCCGAUAGAACACAAUUUGGAUCACCGCUUAAGCAACCGGUUACCCCACUGGUUAGACCACCAGUUACGCCGCUAGUGAGGCCACUAGUUAAGCCACCAGCUCCUGUCAGGCCACUAGUUAAGCCACCAGCUCCUGUCAGGCCACUAGUUAAGCCCCCAGUUCCCGAUAGAACACAAUUUGGAUCACCGCUUAAGCAACCGGUUACCCCACUGGUUAGACCACCAGUUACGCCGCUAGUGAGGCCACUAGUUAAGCCACCAGCUCCUGUCAGGCCACUAGUUAAGCCACCAGCUCCUGUCAGGCCACUAGUUAAGCCCCCAGUUCCCGAUAGAACACAAUUUGGAUCACCGCUUAAGCAACCGGUUACCCCACUGGUUAGACCACCAGUUACGCCGCUAGUGAGGCCACUAGUUAAGCCACCAGCUCCUGUCAGGCCACUAGUUAAGCCACCAGCUCCUGUCAGACCACUAGUUAAGCCCCCAGUUCCCGAUAGAACACAAUUUGGAUCACCGCUUAAGCAACCGGUUACCCCACUGGUUAGACCACCAGUUACGCCGCUAGUGAGGCCACUAGUUAAGCCACCAGCUCCUGUCAGGCCACUAGUUAAGCCACCAGCUCCUGUCAGGCCACUAGUUAAGCCCCCAGUUCCCGAUAGAACACAAUUUGGAUCACCGCUUAAGCAACCGGUUACCCCACUGGUUAGACCACCAGUUACGCCGCUAGUGAGGCCACUAGUUAAGCCACCAGCUCCUGUCAGGCCACUAGUUAAGCCACCAGCUCCUGUCAGGCCACUAGUUAAGCCCCCAGUUCCCGAUAGAACACAAUUUGGAUCACCGCUUAAGCAACCGGUUACCCCACUGGUUAGACCACCAGUUACGCCGCUAGUGAGGCCACUAGUUAAGCCACCAGCUCCUGUCAGGCCACUAGUUAAGCCACCAGCUCCUGUCAGACCACUAGUUAAGCCCCCAGUUCCCGAUAGAACACAAUUUGGAUCACCGCUUAAGCAACCGGUUACCCCACUGGUUAGACCACCAGUUACGCCGCUAGUGAGGCCACUAGUUAAGCCACCAGCUCCUGUCAGGCCACUAGUUAAGCCACCAGCUCCUGUCAGGACACUAGUUAAGCCCCCAGUUCCCGAUAGAACACAAUUUGGAUCACCGCUUAAGCAACCGGUUACCCCACUGGUUAGCCCACCAGUUACGCCGCUGGUGAGGCCACCGGUUAGACCACUUGUUCCUGUUAGGCCACCAGUUAGACCCCCAGCUCCAGUCAGACCACUAGUUAAGCCCCCAGGUCCUGUUAGUCCACCAGUUACGCCGCUAGUUAGCCCGCCGGUUAGACCACUUGUUCCUGUUAGGCCACCAGUUAGACCCCCAGCUCCAGUCAGACCACUAGUUAAGCCCCCAGGUCCUGUUAGUCCACCAGUUACGCCGCUAGUUAGCCCGCCGGUUAGGCUACUGGUUAGUCCCCCAGUUACGCCACUUGUAACCCCGCUGGUUAGACCGCCAGUUACGCCACCAGCCAGGUCACCGCCGCCGCCGAGGCCAAGAGCUCCGCCACCUCCUAAGAGAGCAGCAGGGUACGCCAUUGCCACAGUCAUGAGCACGGCAAGGUGGGGGAGAACAACCUAUAACGGAUAUCCAAGUCAGUUGUCAGUAAAGCAAGCCAAAGUAAGCACGACGUAUAUAAAGUCCAAUUAA